GGCUGUGGUAGUGAGUUGUUGCUUUCAGUUUGAUUAGACGAUCCUUGUUUCGCUUUCCUUGCUCUGACAUUGAACCAAGACUGUGUAGCUGAUACGCAAUGUCACUUACAACAUUAAUCAGAUACUGCAUUUAAGCUGCUUCCCAUCUGAAUUUUGACGACUGCUUCUCAAAAAUUAUCAAGAAGACCAAGAAUAGAACUCCUCUCCAUCGCUCCACACAAAAAUGGCUGGGUGCAGUGCCAUGCUAACGCUGCUCUAAGUGGUGCGGGCAGGCUGACACACAGUAGCCACAGAGUUCACAAAAAUCACUGAGAUGAUUUUGCCGAAAAUACCUGUCAAUACCACUUUUAAAAGGCUCUAACAGAAGAACAACCUGAUUUUAGGUGACAGUCAUGUCCCCUUCAAAGGAUCUCAAGGACGACUUCCACAGCGACACUGUGCUUUCCAUUUUAAACGAGCAGCGCAUUCGGGGCAUUCUCUGUGAUGUCACCAUCAUUGUGGAGGAUACCAAAUUCAAAGCCCACAGUAAUGUGCUGGCAGCUUCAAGCCUUUACUUCAAAAACAUUUUUUGGAGCCGUACUAUCUGUAUUUCGGGGCACGUGCUGGAGUUGGAUGAUCUCAAAGCCGAAGUGUUCACAGAAAUCCUGAAUUACAUCUACAGCUCCACGGUAGUUGUGAAGAGGCAGGAGACUGUAACGGACCUCGCAGCUGCAGGGAAAAAGCUGGGGAUAUCAUUUCUGGAAGACCUGACAGAUGUAAAUUUUUCAAGUUCCCCCUGCCCCUACGCAUACUGCGUUAACGAGAAAGGGAACGUCAAAGAGGAGAAACACGAAAAGAGACACGAAGACUCCGCUGUGACCAAUGGACCACGAAUUACAAAUGCAUUCUCAAUUUUUGAGACAGAGAACAGUUUGUUUUCUCCGCUUGAUUUGAGGGCCAGCUUUAAAAAGGUGUCUGACACCAUCCAAGCUCCCAACAUCAGCCUGGACAGAAGCGACGUUUGCAAGGAAGCUGAGCCAGCCAGCACCUUGGCUGAGCACUCCUAUGCAGUUUCUUCUGGGGGAGACACUUCCCAGGGAGCCCCGUUUGUGGAGCAGGACAGCAGCCCUUCGUACCAGGGGGGUGAGGAGCGCUAUGAGAAUCACCAGCCCACCCCAGUCAUUCAGCAGGGAAAACAAGCAGGUGGAGCUUCCAAGCCAGCCUUCAAGCCCCAGGGUACGGGUUUGGCUGUGGCAAAAGCACCAGCCUGUACGGUGACCACUGCAGAAGCCCAGCACGAAGCAUGUACUGAUCAGACAAUUACUGCCUUUCCAAAACCUCAGAAUAAAGCGGGAGAUUUCCAUUUGUCCCGAGAAGAGGAAAACAGUUCUGCUGAUGUUUCUGCAUCUGAGACAACCGUCGUUCCACCUGUUUACAGUUGUACCUGCUGUGCAAAAUCAUUCAAUGACAGGGCGUCACUCACUGCUCACCUUCAGCUCCACUCAGAGCAUCAGGAAACUUUCAUAUGCAAAUACUGCAGCAAAGAGUUUGCAAAUCGGAAUAUUCUGGAAAGUCAUGAACAAGUCUGCGUGAGAUCAAGCAGUCUGUCAGUUCACAGUGGAAAAGAACAAAACUUUGCAGAUAACUACACUGCUGCAGAGGGAAGGAAUGGAGGCUCCUAUGCAAACACAGAGCCCCUGCUGUCUGAAAACAGCGUGGCUGAGCGUCCUAAUGCAAACUGCGCCUUGCCCGAGACAGAUCAUCUGGUCAAAGUGGUGGAUGGGCAGAUACUGUACACCUGUGUGGUCUGCAAGCGCAGCUACGUCACCCUGUCCAGCCUGCGCAGACACGCCAACGUGCACUCGUGGAGGAGGACGUACCCCUGCCACUACUGCAACAAAGUGUUCGCGCUGGCCGAGUACCGCACCAGGCACGAGAUCUGGCACACCGGGGAGAGGCGCUACCAGUGCAUCUUCUGUCUGGAGACCUUCAUGACUUACUACAUUUUGAAAAAUCACCAGAAGUCCUUCCACGCCAUCGACCAUCGCCUCUCGGUGAAUAAAAAGACGGCCAAUGGAGGUUUAAAGCCCAGCAUGUACCCGUACAAACUGUACAGGCUCCUGCCCAUGAAAUGCAGGCGAAUGCCUUACAAGUCCUACCGAAAUUCUUCAUAUGAAAAUGUCCAAACAACUGCCCAGGCCAACGAAACUACUGCUACUAACUGCUUCAUUCCCACUUCCCUGAGCUCUGAGCUACCACCGCUGAAUUUUCAGCAUACCAUAAUAGCAAACAGCAGAACCCUGGCCUUGGAUACGUCUUCACGUAAUGAUACAGCACCUUCCACGAAUACUCAGAAUUCUUCUUCUUGGGGAGUGGGUAUCUUGAAUUCUGACCUGCAGAGGGACUUCUUCACGGCUGAGAAAAGAGUUUCCACUGCUGCGAGUGACUCCGGUUCUCAGGAGUGUGAUUCCUCGGUCGUGUCUUUAACUAAUGUGAACGAAAACUCAACCUCUGUCAUCAGUUACAGCAGUUCUGCACCCUCUGUUAUAAUGCACAGUAGCAGAGUUUCAUCAGUGAUCAUGCACAGUAAAACAGUCACUUCCAUAGAAAGCAGUAAGACCGAAUCUCCGAGUAAUCCACCCAGCCAGUCCAUAAGCGACGACAGUAAGUGUGGGCCAGAGAGUUACGGGAAGUGCGUUACAAAAUCAAAAACUGUUAAGGAUAAAAAGAAAACACUGCUGUACAACAGAGCAGAAGCAGCUGAGGAUACGCAGCACGUCACAGGAUCUGGAGGUUCAUCAAGCAAAACAAUCAAUGCUGUCCAAGAAUCGAGUAAAACAGAAACGUACAUUGCAAAGCCGGCCUUGCCCGGAACGUCUGCCGACAGCAACGUUGCACCCCUGUGUCAGAUAACUGUAAAAAUUGGCAAUGAAGCUAUUGUAAAAAGACACAUUUUAGGAUCCAAGCUGUUUUGUAAAAGGGGCCGAAAAUCUAAACACGAGCCCAAGCAGGACAAUGUAACUGAGGAACCAGAAAUGGAGGCGAAAGAAAAGAGCCCGUCUAGACUGUACAGCUCGGAAUGCCUGGAGCUGACGGAAAUGUGUGAUGAUGUGAGCGAUCAGGACUCCAGUGAUAAACCCUGGAGACCCUACUAUAAUUACAAACCAAAAAAGAAAUCCAAACAGCUAAGGAAAAUGAAAAAGACCAAAUGGAGGAAAAAGCACGGCAGCAAGAGCACCGUUAUGGAAAGCCACAGCACAGGCGGUCGAGAGUAUGCACUCAGGAACGCUCCUGAGGAAAAGGCCACCAGCCAGGAAGACAACACAGAAAUGCCCAAUCUUCACUGUGAGCUCUGUGAAAGGGACCCGUCUUCCACAGCAGAGGGUCAAGAGCACGUGCACUGGCACGUAGCUACUUCAAAGCCUUAUAUUUGUGAGUUAUGCCAAAAACAGUUUCAAAGUCCAUCCACUUUAAAAAUGCAUAUGAGGUGUCACACUGGGGAGAAGCCCUACACUUGCAAAACCUGCGGGAAGUGUUUCUCAGUUCCUGGAAAUCUCCAGAAACACGAACGCAUUCACCUGGGUGUCAAAGAUUUUGUCUGCCAAUACUGUAACAAGGCGUUCACUUUAAAUGAAACCCUCAAAAUACAUGAGAGAAUUCAUACUGGAGAAAAACGCUACCACUGCCAGUUCUGCUUCCAGAGCUUCUUGUACCUCUCUACCAAAAGGAACCACGAGCAGAGGCACGUCCGUGAGCACAACGGGAAAGGAUACGCUUGCUUCCAGUGCCCCAAAAUCUGCAAGACAGCAGCUGCUCUGGGAAUGCACCAGAAGAAACAUCUGUUCAAAAGCCCAGGUCCACAAGAUAGAAAAGAACAGUUUUGCAGUGAAAGCACUAAAGUUUUGGAAAACCCGCGUUUUCUUGUCUCAGAAGGAAGCCAAGUGAAAAAUGCACAGAAUGCAACGCCAGAAGUUGUACUCUGAGUGGCAGCUGUGCAACAGAGAAUCAGAACCCAAAACUGUAUAUUGGAGAAGAUAGAGAUGCAUUAAAUGGGGAAAUCUCCACUCAGAUUAGUAUAAUUUACUAAGAUCAAGUUUCUUCAUCUAAACGUGUGUCAGUAUUUGCAAAAGAAUGAAAAAGUGACAGAAAAACGAAUAUUUGCAAUAAUACAAAUUUAAUGUGAAAUACCCAAAAUACUUUUGCCACAAUAGACUCUUGGAUAGAGAGAGAGAAAGGAAAAAAAAAAAUGACCAACCAAAACCCUUCUACUUAACAUUACAGGUAACUGGUCACUGAACUAUGUCACAGUGCUGGUUUUGACUCAGAAUCAUUCUAGGCAAAAGAAAUAAGUAGGUUCAUGGUGUAUUCUGUAGAAAGAUUUUUUUGCUGCAGAAACUAUAUAUUGCAUUUUUUUUAA